GCUCGUGAUCCAAAGCCCCUGACUAAGCAGACCAACUGCGCAGGCCUUUCCGCAACCCAGUCGCCGGCCUCAAGCAUCGCUGCGCUGCAGUCCAGCAUUCCUGAACGUUCCGGUACAGCCGACCACUAGCUCUGCACUGUGCUGACCGCGCAGCGACUUACGCACGAACAGGCGACUCCGGCUUUCGCGCAGUUCAAACCCUGCCGCGCAGCUCCAGGCGCGGCUCUGACAACUUUCGGCCUGCAGCUGCCUUCAACUCGUGCGCUUGACAGCAGCGCGGCGCUGGACCGCUGACAAAAUGGGCCGGCCACAGGUCGCGGCUCAGGCGCAGGCGCAGGCGCAGCUGGCAAUCAGCCACACCGAAAGCCUGGAGCUCGUGCGCUGCCUGCUGCGGGUGUCCAUCUUCCACGUCUCCUACCUGCGCGGGCUGUUCCCGGAGAAGAGCUUCAAGGGCGUGGACAUGAAGAACCUGGACGACAUGCACAUCAAGAUGCUGCUGCCCACGUGUGACGAGUCUCGCCGCCUGGUGGACUGGGUGGAGGGCGGCGUGUACGACUCCAUCAAGCGCGGCUACCUGAAGAACCUCUUCUUCGGCAUCAGCACCGACCCCGAGGGCACCCAGCUGCUCGAGGAGUACAUCUUCACCUUCCGCUACAAGGAGGGCCGCGUGGCCAUGGAAGUCAACGCCACGGCCAACGGCGGAGAGGGCGGCGGCGAGGCGGGCGCCGGCGCCGGCAAGCGCAAGGGCCAGUUCAGGCAGAAGGACGGCACCGGCAAGGACGCCGGCACGGACCUGAGCACGGUGCGCUACCAGGUGUGCCGCCUCAUCCGCAUGCUGGUACAGGUGUGCCGCACGCUGGACAAGGUGCCGGCGGAGCGCUACCUGUUCAUGAAGCUGACGUACCAGGACCACACGCCCGACGAGUACGAGCCGCCGUACUUCGUGCCAGUGGACGAGAGCGGCGUGGGCCACUUCCACCGCUCGCCCUUCUCCAUGGCCGUGGGCCGCGUCAACACCGACCACCACGCCGUGUCGCUCAAGGUCAAGUCCACUCUGGACUCGUGCGAUGACGACCUCAAUCUGGGCGAGGCCGACGAUGAGUUGAUGGCGGGAGCCGCGGCGGGUGCCGCAGACGGUGCCGGCGACGCCGCGGACGCCCAGCAGCAGCUGCUCCUGCAUCACGGUCGCGCGCCGCCGCCCUCCGCGGGCUCGGUUGGCAGCGGCGAUGCCGGCACCGGCACCGCUGGCGUCACUGCCGACGAUGGCGGGGACGAGGGUGGUGAGGGCGGCGACGGCGAGGCGGAGGGCGAAGAGGGUGAGGGUGAUCAGGGCGAGGGGGUGGGCCUGCCGCCGGCGUCGCAGGUCACGCAGCAGACGCAGGAGCAGCGGCGGGACGAGGAGGACGAGGAGGAGGGCGCAGGGGUGGGCGAGGGCAUGGACGGCGAAGCCAUGCAGGCCCUGCAGGAGCAGGAGGAGCAGCAUCAGGAGAAGCAGGAGGGCGGCGCGCAGGCGGAGGUGCAGGCGGCUGGCGAUGGCGCUGACUGCAUGGAUGUGGACGGCGCAGCGGAUGCCGCGGCGGCGGCAGCAUGUGACGGCGACGACGUGACCGAAGCGCCCGAGGAGGCCACGGACGACUACCGGGCGGUGGUGCACUACUGCGCCGGCCGCAACCAGGUGUCGCUGCGGCAGCUGGGCAGGCAGUUCGCCGCACACAUGUCGCAGGGCGCUCUGGGCGGCUACGUGAGCCGCCUGGCGGAGCAGGGCGUGCUGGUGGCGGUGCCGGGGGCCAAGUCCACAUGGCGCGUCAACGCAGUAGCCGCCGCGACGGCGGCGGCGACUGUCAUGCCGUUGUCGGCGCCGCAGGCGGACGCCAAGGCGACAGGUGGAGUCGACUCCGCCGCGCCACCUGCCGCUGCCGCCGCCGCCGCCGACAACGACCCCGCCGCCAUGCUGGCAGAGCGCAUGGACGGACUCACCAUGGAUCCCACAGCCGCCGCAGCCGCUGCACCAGUAGCAGCUGAGCCGACCACGCAGGCCGCGGGCGCGGGCGGACGCGGCAGCCGCCGACGGGGCGGGGCCGCGGCCAACGCCGCAGCGCCGGAGGCGGCGCCGAAGGCCGUGGCUGUGGCUGUGGCAGAGCAAGAGGAGGAGGGGGCGGAUGUGCGGCGCCGCUCGCGUGACCAGCAGAUGGAGGUGGAGGGGCAGGAGGCGGCCGGGGAGUCGGAGGGCCGCGACCGGGACCUGAAGAGCCGCGGCGGCCGUAUGGAGAGCGAACAGGCCGGGGACGACGUGACGGGCGGCGGCGAGAGCGGCGCCGGCAAGAGCACGGGCCGCGGCGGCGGCGGCGGCCGCGACUCCAACGGCGACGGCGGCGAGGCGGCUGCAGCCCCCAAUGUGUACAUCGCUGACAGCCAGCAGUCGGACCGGGACCGGGAGAAGACACGCGGCGGCCGCGUGCGCAAGGCCUCCUACGUCGCGGACCCCAUCCAGCAGGGGCCCGCUGCUGCAGGCGGCGGCGCCGGAGGUAGCAAGAAGGCGCGCAUGGCCGCCGCUGCCGCAGUGGCCGCCGCGCCGGCGCCCACGCCGCAGCCCAAGCCUGGCAAGGCGGGGCGCGGUGAGGCCAAGGGCGCGGGCAGCACACCGCGCGGGCGGUCGCGGCUGGGCGCCAUGCGCCGGUGAUGACUGAUGAGGGCCAGGGCGGCCAGCAGGGAGGGGCAGGACAGCUGUGACAGCUAUGACAUCCUGGUGGAGCAUUUGUGAGAGGCGUGUGCGGUGUGCCAGUGCUGCUGCUGCGUGCCCUGAUAGAUGUGUGGUGCGGAGGAAAGGGAGUACGGUAGUGUGAAGGCCAGGAGGCAGGAGUGGAGUGGCAUCUGAGGCCUGAUGCGCCGGUUGGCACAACGGGGUAUAGAAGAUCU